CGAAGGGGAAAGGUGUUGCUGUUUGGUGUGAAAUAUUUCUCUGGCUGGUUCUUGCAUCAGUACAUGUUUUCUGCUCUUGGACAUCCUACAAGCCUGGAGUUUCCUUGAUGUGUGCAGUGCAAUGGAUGUGAGGUUUUAUCCACCACCAGCACAGGCGACUGCAUCUCCUGACACCCCCUGUUUGGGACCAUCCCCCUGUUUGGACCCCUACUAUUGUAACAAGUUUGACGGUGAUAACAUGUACAUGAGUAUGUCAGAGCCAAACCAGGACUACAUGCCAGCAAGCCAGUCUUACCCCGGACAUAGCCUAGAGAAUGAAGAUUUUAACAUUCCACCUAUUACACCACCAUCACUGCCAGAGCAUCCACUGAUGUCAUUGUCAGAGGCGGAGUCAGGAUACCACUCAUUGUGUCACCCCAUGAACCAGAAUGGCCUACUUCAAUUUCACCCUCAAAAUAUGGAUUUGCCAGCAAUUACAGUAUCAAAUAUGCUGGGUCAGGAUGGGUCUCUAAUUUCAAACUCCCUUUCAGUGAUGCAGAAUUUGCAGAAUUCAGACAGAAGUCAGUACUCUCACUCACAAAUGGCAGCUAUGAGGCCAAGAGUUCAGACCCAAGAUAUUCGACAAACAGCUAUGAUGCCACCAGGUCAGCUGACUACUAUCAAUCAAUCACAACUUAGUGCUCAGCUUGGUUUAAAUAUUGGAGGAAACACUGUUGCACAUAAUUCUCCUUCCCCACCAGGGAGUAAAUCUGCCACACCUUCACCCUCUAGCUCAGUCCAUGAAGACGAAGUGGAUGAUACAACAAAGAUCAGUGGAGCAGAAAAGCGGCCAGCCCCUGACAUGGGAAAGAAGCCAAAAACACCUAAAAAGAAAAAGAAGAAGGACCCAAAUGAGCCACAGAAGCCAGUGUCUGCCUAUGCAUUAUUCUUUCGAGAUACACAAGCAGCUAUAAAGGGCCAAAAUCCAAAUGCUACUUUUGGGGAGGUAUCCAAAAUUGUAGCUUCAAUGUGGGAUGGACUGGGAGAGGAACAGAAACAAGUGUAUAAGAAGAAAACUGAAUCUGCCAAAAAAGAGUAUCUGAAGCAGUUGGCUGCAUAUCGAGCAAGUCUUGUAUCCAAGAGCUACAGUGACCCUAUUGAUAACAAGACACCACAGCCAUCUCAAAUGAUGAAUUCAAAGCCUCCAGUGUUCCAUGGACCCACACAGGCACACUCCACACUGUAUCUCAGUUCACCUUAUCACCAACAGUCAACAAUGAACCCACAUUUAUCCACCAUGCAUCCUGGACUCAACAGGAACAUAGCUCCCAAACCCAGCAACCAAAUGCCAGUGACUGUUUCUCUAGCAAGCAUGGCUGUUUCUCCUCCUCCAUCUCUGCAGAUGAGUCCACCUCUCCACCAGCAUAUGCACAUGCAGCAACACCAGUCAAUGUCAAUGCAGCAGUCAAUUGGAAACCAGCUACAGAUGCAGAGUCAGACAGCUUUGCAUUCACCAGCAAUGCAGCAGGGAUUUACUCUUCAGUCAGAAUACCAGAAUCUUAUUAACCCAACAUCUACAGCAGCCCAGGUUGUUACUCAAGCAAUGGAGUAUGUCCGCUCAGGAUGCCGGAAUCCUCCAGGACAGGCCAUAGAAUGGAACAAUGACUACUGCAGUAGUGGGAACUUACAAAGAGACAAGGCACUGUACCUAACUUGAAAACACAAGCCAAGAAAAUGAAUUUCUUUCAGAGGAAGAAUGCAGGGACAACCUUUGUCAAGGAUUGCAUUUCAUGGCCAAGGCAUAUCUGCAGUUUAUUAGAAAAAAUCAAGUUGCUAAGCACUUAGGACAUUUACAUUUGUGGACCAUCCACUCUGGGAAAAAUAGUCUUGCUUCUCUUUUGAAACUUCUUUAUGUAACAUUACUUUCCCUUUACUGAAAGACGAUUUCUAAAGAAAUCUGGACUCUUCAAAUAUAUCGGUUUUGCUGUGAAGUGCUGAACUAGUAAGCUGCCUUAGCAACUGUCAUCUCGACUAAAAACUCAUGGAGAUCACAAUGAUUUUCUCAAAGGUCAUUUAAAAAAAUCUACAAAAGACUUUCUUAAAGGCUUGAUGUAGCACUCAUAGCAAGGAUGUACAUAGCAUGAGUGUCCCUUCUCCUAGAGUAUAAAAUGUGGAUGUUAUUGUUGCUAAAUUACUAAAUUUCAAAAUCGUACAUUCCAGGUGGUAAAUUUGGGGGG